CACACACACACACACACACACACACACACGCUUAGUGAUGACGUCACCGGAUGUACGAAAGCGAAAGUAGAGAACAGGGUGUGUUUUUCUGUAGUUUAAUCGAGACAAAAGCGAGAGAAAAGUAAAGCGCUUCUCCUGUGCUGAUGGUGGUGUUGUGUUUCCUCAACCAUGCAGCUCUUCAGCCUUCAUCACUGUCUCCUCUUCUUCAUCCUCACAUUCACCACUGCUCCUGUCUCAGCUCUUGAGAUCUGUCCUACACGGGCGAAGCUUCAUCAGCCAGUGACGCUCUCAUGUACAUCUGCAUGUUCUGGUUCAUUGAUGUGGAACUUACUUAGUAAUCGUGGUGUUGUCCUGGCUCAGUGUAAUCUGACAUCAUGCUGGGCAAAGGAGGGAUUUAGUAUCUCUCAUGAUCAGUACCUGAAGGGAGAUUUCUCUCUCACCAUCACUGAAGCUGAUUACAGUCAGAGGAACGUGUACGUAUGUGAAUGUAGAGACUCAGACUACGCUCAUGUGCGCCUCGUCAUAGAGACUGUGUUCACACCAGUACAGAUGGAGACUGAUGAAGAUCUGAAGCUGAAGGUGUCUGUACCAGAGCCAGUGGAGGUGAUUUAUAAAAGCGAUGAUGCAGCUGAUGAAGUGAUCUGCAGUGUGACUAACGGCUCACUACAGUGUAAAGAUGAUUACAGACACAGAACAUCACUCACUUACCCUGAGCUGACACUGAGACACAUGACGCCGAGGGAUAAAGGAAGUUACACCAUCCGGGACACCAAGAAUAAUGAAGACAUUCAGAUAUACGCCGUGUCUGUGGAAGAUAAGCCUGAUGUUCUUGUGUGGGUGAUUCCACUGAUACUGAUUCUGCUCUGCUGCAGUGUUGGAGCAGGAAUAUUCCUACUGUAUAGAAAACAGUUGGAGAGGCGACAGCAACUAGUGGACCAGCUUGUACAGGAGGCUUUAGGAGGAACAGUGGAUAAGAUCAGAGAAGUGGAGAAGUCACUCGAUCAGCUGCAGCAGCAGUACAACAACACUGUAUAUAAAGACAAGGUCACAGUGUUCUGCAGUGACAAGAGGAGACAGCUGUUAUUGAAUGGACUGCAACAAGUGGACAAGCUUGUACAGCAGGCUAAAGGAGGAAAAGAGGAGAAGAUCAGAGAAGUGGAGAAGUCACUCAAUCAGCUGCAGCAGCAGUACAACAACACUGAAUAUAAAGACAAUCUCAAAUUAUUCUGCAGUGAAAAGAGGGAACAGCUGAUAAAGUGGCGACUGCUACCUGCGUUAGAACCUUUACAGAAGCAUGAAGAGUGGAAAAAGGAGGACACUGAGCAUUUGGAGAAGGAGCUGAAUCGGAUGUUGAAUCUGUACUGGAACUCUGAACAUUUAAAUGAUGUCUUAUUGCUCUGCUUUGAACAUAGGUCACAGAUUAGCUGGAACAGAUUACAGUACAGCAAAGAAGAAGAUCUUAUGACCAAGAGAACAGAGUUGAACAGGAAACUGCUAAUGGUGGAACAGCUUGUACAGCAGGCUAAAGCAGGGACAAAGAAGAAGAUCACAGAAGCAGAUAAAGCAAUAGAUGAGUUGGAGCAGCAGUACAACUACACUGAAUAUUCAAAACAGGUCUCAGUGCUCUGUGGUGUAAAGAGGAUACAGCUGAUCCAGCUGUAUUGUGACAAAGGUCUAACAACUCAGGACAGUGAGUUGAGCAAGAAACUGCAACAUGUGGAAAAGCUUGUACAGAAGGCUAAAGCAGGGACAAAGGAGGAGAACAGAGAAGCAGCGGACGCAAUAGAUGAGUUGGAGCUGCAGUACAGCGACACUGAAUAUUCAAAACAGGUCUCAAUGUUCUGUGAUGUAAAGAGGAAAGAGCUGAACCCACUGUAUAGUUACAAAGGUCUAAAACGUUGGAACAGACAGUUGUACCAUGAAUUGAAUGCUGUGGAACAUAUUGUAAAGCGGACUAAAUUAAGACUGGAGAAGAAUAUCAGUAACGCUGAGGAGAUGAUCAGUAACGCUGAGGAGAUGAUCAGUAACGCUGAGGAGAAGAUCAGUCACGCUGAGGAGAUCAGUGAAGCUGAGGAGAAGAUCAGUAAGCUGGAGCUGCAGUACUUCACCACUGAAUAUUCAGGACGUGUCUCAUUGUUCUGCAUGACAAAGAGAGCAGAGCUGUACUGGUGCAGACUACUACACAGUGAUAAAUAACAGAUAACGACUGUGUAAAUAUAGAGGGUGAGAGCAGCAGGUAUCAAGCUCCUUAGUGGUGGACGAGAUGGAGAAACAUCUGAUCGAGAUCAAGUGUUGUGGAGAGAAGAGAAUGGGUUAAAAGACCAACACACACACACACACACACACACACAGAGAUACACACACACACUUUAGGAGUGACAGAAUACAUAAUCCGGACACAUAAAUUGUGGAUCUGUUACAGUUGUCAAAAAUCAAAGUAACCCAAUUCCUGUAGAAAAAAAAAGUGUUCAUGUGUUUGCUGUAAACGUCUUUAAUGUUGUUUUGAUUUUAAUGAUGUUUUUUUCUUGUGUUUAACAUCUUGAACAUUUUACGUUUGAAGAACAAAAUGUUAAAGAUCUGCUGCAGCUGUUACAUCAAUAAUAUGAUUAAUAUGAACAUGUUGAGUAACAAAGCUUCAUGCUGUAACAUGAAUGUGGUGAUUUUAGUUCAGUGCUUUUGAAGGUUUUUGUGAUUUUACUGCAACCUUUUUUUUUUUACAUUUAUUUAAAUAAACUAACCCAUAUUGUAGAGGUUAUUGUAGAGGUUAACCACAGGAACUGAAGAUGUUUUGAAGCUGUGAUUUAAUGUGCAGAUGAUAAUAGAGAAGAGAUUUUGGUGCUUUUCUUGUGGACAGAAUGAAGCUCUAGACAUAAGAAGUAACUAAAUGAACAGACUGAGAUGUUCCUGAGCCGUGUCUUCAGACUAACACUGUCAGGAUGAAACUCUGCAGACGUUCUGAAGUUUCUCUCAGCAGAUUUACUCUGAGCUUUGUUUCAUGAUGAACACAAUUCACUUCAUCUCUUCUCACUGGAUUUGCUUGAGUAAAAAAAGCUUUUCUGUAUUUUGUGUCGCAGAAACAUUUCUGUGGUGUAAAAAUGUUUGUGCUGCAUGUUUUAUAAUAAAGGGCAGCGUCGCUGUUUUUAUAGCUUCCACACUAACACACUUACAGCUACACAAACUUAUACACAAACAUAUAAACUCUUAUACACACACUUACAGCUGCAUGUAUCAUUUACUCUGUAUGUGCUUUUAAAGGCAGAAUAAAUAAAAGUGUCUUAGAUCAUUUUA